UCAGAGGUGCCCAGGGACAUCGCCCCUUGGCCUUGUAGCAUCGGCUAUCAGCCUUAAGCUACAUGCUGCUUUUGGGGGGCCUUCUACCCUGGGCAAUGGGAAGUGAUCACCCUUCACUGCAGUGAUAACCCUGAUCUGGGGGGGAAACUGCGAGUGUUCUUCGAGAUGGCAGCGAUAGAUGACGUCGUUCCUGUUUCCGUCAGAGUGAAGAAUUCAGUGAGAGUCAUCGCAGCCGAUCCUUUGAACGUGGAGAAGAACUUGAUCUACGUCGUUCAAGUGAUACUGGAGGAGUUCGGGAGAGUCUCCAAGAACGAAAUUCUUGCGAUCCAGGACUAUCCGAGGAGAGGCAUCUAUGAUGUUACUUUUGAAGGAGAAGGUGUUUUUCAUAGCUUCGUGAGAAUCCUGGAGGAGAAUCCGGCUGAUCCGCGGUUAAGCGGAUUUAAAGUUUUUCCGCAUUUUGCAGAGGAGGAGAACUUUUUGGUGGUUAAAACGUAUUCACCAUUUGUGCCUCUUAAAGAGAUCGAAACGGUUCUGGGAAGGUAUUGUAAAAAGUUGACCUUCGGAGGUAAGAUUUUGAAUGAGCUGGGAAUAUGGACCUCAAAAUAUAGGUUCAAAGCUGUUCUUGAAAAAGGUAUGUACCCACCAGUGAGGUUUCGAUUGGGAACUGUUAAUAUUGAUUGUUUCUUUAGUGGAAUGCCGGAAUUUUGCAGAAGAUGCAAGCAGUAUGGACAUCUGGCAGAUGGAUGUGUCCUAUGCCAGAACUGCGGUAAGACUGGUCAUGAAUUUAAAAGUUGUCCUUUACCAAGGAAAUGUAAUUUUUGUUUUCAAGGAGGACAUUUGUAUGCAGCUUGCCCAAAAAGGAAAGUUAAACCGGAGGAGGUUGAUGUGACCGUGGGUAAGUCAUUAAUGCAGGUUGAGAUGGCCCCUAUUUUUCAUAAUGAAGAGGAGCCCACAGACCAAGCAUCACAAAGUGAGUUUAAGGUUAAAAGAGCAAAGGAAAAGAAAAGAGAAGAAAAGAAAAGGAAAAAAGAGGAAACAGGUGUAAGUUCUUCUGCUGAAUCUGUUGAUUUUGUUCCUGUUAAAACUCUCUCUAGAGGAGAAAAGCUUUACUGUUUCUUUAAAGAUAAGUCGUAUGAUGAACUUAUGGAGGCCUUGGAUACUUAG